GACCUGUUGUUGAAUUGUUUGAGGAGGCCUUAUCCAUUAUCUUGCAGAACAUACCAGUUGAAAUUGAAACAUCAAGUAAGAGAACAGAAAUCCCAGAAAAAAUGCCACUAAAGGAACGUGAUACUAAUAAAGCAUUGAUGGUAUUCAAUAAUAAUGUUACUAAAUCUUUUAAUCGAUUUGCUUCCAAGUCAAGCUUCAACUUCCUUGUCUGUAGUGGGGCAGCUGGAAUUGGUAAAACCCGUUGGGGAAAUGAGUUCUUCAACUCUGUUAAAAAAGAUUGGAGUUCACCACCUAGUUGGGAGAAACCAGAAUACCUCUAUCUGUUUCUUGAUUUCAUAAGUGGUGUUCGCCUUAGUAGUUUUGAUAAAGAUUUGGAAGCAUCCACCAUUCUUGGUCUCCGUGUUGCUUUUGACUACUUUGUGUAUGGAAAAAGAAAAAUAUCAUUUCAAGAAUUCAAGAUUUUAGUAGAACCAUAUAUCAAAUUUUUUGGGAUAGAAUUGGUGCUCAGCCAUAUUAAAAGUAAAGAAUUUCAACAUAAUCAGCAACUCAUCAUAGUACUUCAUAUUGAUGAGUAUCAGGAAAUUUUCUCUUUUGAAAAAAGUUGGGAAGGAGGAAUGACUGAGAAAAGACUUUUUAAAGAAAUGUUGUAUGCUCUUGGAAAAUUUAUGAGAGAAUCUGAAAACAGGAAUUUUUACGUUCAAACAUUUUUAUCAGGUACAGCAUCACAAGAUGUUACCAAUAGCUUUAAAGCAACAGAUUAUUCCUUUGAGUUUGUCAAGUGUCCCCUGUUAUCAAACAAAUCAAUUAUCGAAAUUUUUAAUUAUUUUGCUGAAAAAGGAGGAGAUAAAAAGAAACUUUGGAUGUGCAACACCAAAUUUUUACAGCUUUUAUAUGAUACUGGUGGGCUACCACGAGCACUGGAAACUGUUCUUGAUGAAUGUUUCAAAAGAGGUGGAUUCUUUCUAAAACUGCAGGAUAAAAAUUUUACACUAUUUGAUGACAUAUUCCAUGCUGUCAUUAAUACUCUCGUGAAUAAGUAUAAAUUGGACAAAUUUAUUAUGAAAAACCGUGAAGCUAGUUGUCAGCUUCUAUACCACUGCAUUGGAGCCAUUCCGGUUCAGCUUGAUACAAAAUUGGAUAGUGAGUGGACAGUAACAGUAGAGGGCCUGGAGCGUGAUGGGUUUUUAAUUCUAAGGAAUCCUGGUCCUAAUACUUACUUUAUUGAGAUGCCUUUUUACUUUAUUUACAUAUACAACAUAUGGUUGAACACAAUCCCUACUACUAUACACAAAAUGUUCCAGCCUGAAUCACAAAUGGCCUGGGAUACCUGGGAGAAAUUUGUAGCUAAUUAUGAGGUAUUUCGCAACAACAUACUUGUUGAGCUAGAGAAGUAUAAAGAUGGAAUUCCUUUGAAAGAAUUUUAUCGUGGAGCAAUUGGCAAAGUCUCUGUUUUGAACAUCUGGGUGAGGCUUGAAAAGCUUGAAUUAUGUGAAGCAAAAAACCAAUUUCCAAAAAUUGGCCUUCCAAGAAACCACUUAAAUAACAAAGUCAUGGAUCUGGAUGGAUUGGUUAUUGUAAAUGGCCAUUCAGCACCAUUUGCUGAUGUUUUUUUAUUACGUAAAACAAUUCCUGAAAGUAGAAAUCUUCUUAUAGCAUUUCAACAGAAAUGGUACACUACAUCAAAAAAAUUUACCAUAGAUGAUGCUGUAAAAGAAUGCAAUAAGAACAAAAAUGCUUAUAAAGAUGUAAAAGAUGAUAAUUUGAGGAAAUUUCUUGAGGGGGCUCAUAUUGUGACUGUCAUUUUCACAUCACAACCAUUCAAAGGGAAUCCUAAAGAUCUACCAGAUGACUGCCUGAUUAUUUCAAAGGAGAACUUCAAUCAGUAUUUUGGCCCCUUGUUUGCCUCACGAUUGACUUUUGAUAUUAUAAAUGAUCUCAAUAUCAACUCUGCAGAGCCCAAUCAAAUUGCUAAUGUGAUCAAAGGGGCUGGAGAGGCCAUAUCUAAGGCCAUAUAUGAGAAUCGACCAUAUAAAAGUGCCACUGAAGUUAUUGAAAAAGUUGUUGAAAAGAAUUCAACUUAUAGAAGCUACCUUGAGGACAUUAGAACUCAGCUGGAGAAUUGUUCAUACACUCCAUACUCAUUUCUGGAUAAUGAGCAUGAUUCAAUGAUAUUAGAUGAUAAUGUUAUAGAAAUGGAUGUUGACUUGCAAGAUUAG